AUGCACCUCAGAGUUCUUACUGUGGCCGCACUUGCUGUUGCUUUGCCUAUCCAAGAUGAGAAUGCGAAAAGAGAUGAUGGGGUGGUAGUUCUUACCACCACUCAAGGCGUGGGCUGGGCCCAACUCUUCGGUCUUGGUACCACUACGACUGCUGCCGCUGCGGCUCCUACGAUAGCUGCCACCACCUCUCAGGUUGUUGUAGCACCUACCACUCAAGCAGCUGUAGCUGCCACAACUGCUGCGGCAGCUACUCAAGCUACUGCUCCUGCUGCUGCUCCCGUUUCCACUCCAGCAACUACGUCUAAGGGCUUUUUUUCCUCUCUUUUGGGCUUUUUUGAUGGUGGCAGCUCGGGUUCCAGCGGUUCAGGUUCAUCAACUCCUGCUGCUACUACCACUCCAGCAUCAACUUCGUCAACAUCUUCGUCUAGAUCAAGUUGGCUUUCAAAUUUGUUUCUGGGCCUCUUUGGUUCAUCCUCCUCUUCGACUCCUGCUACUACCGCUGCCGCCUCUCCGGUUGUAGCCUCUCCAGCUGUGGCCUCUCCAGCUGUAGCCUCUCCUCUUGUGGCUUCUCCUGUGGCCUCGAGUUCAUCCUCCACCUCCUCCUCGGGUGGCCUUCUCUCUAAUAUUUUUGGAUCUUCCUCAGAUACCUCGGAAACUCCAGGCUUCACGGGCUUAGUUACCGUGGACGGAACUGGAACUGGAUCCACCGGCUCAGAGUCUGAGCUGAGUGCAUCCGUCGCUCUGAACCACGAGAUUUCUCAGGUUGCUGCCUACGCUGAGGAAGGUGCUGGUAUCACCUACUCUCCAUACACCAAGGACGGACAAUGUAAAACUGCCUCCGAGGUCGCUCUGGAUAUCAAGAUGCUUCUGGCAUAUCCCAUGAUUAGAUUAUACUCGGUUGACUGUUCGGGCAUUCAGAAUGUUGUGGCCGCUAUGUCGUCGCUGCAGAAGUUGUUCCUUGGAGUGUGGAGUAUCGAUAACUUGCCCACCGACUUGUCCAACAUGCAAACGCAGGUUCUUUCGGGCUCACGAGGCUGGUCUGCUGUGCAUACGGUGGCCAUUGGAAAUGAGUUGGUCAAUGCUGGAACUAAAACGGUAGCUCAGAUCAAGACCGCAGUGUCCACUGCCAGAAGUUGGUUCAAGUCCAAUGCUCUGGGCUACUCUGGAUACAUUGUGUCUGUUGACACUUUGGCAGCAGUGAUGGCCGAUGCGUCCAUGUGUGAUAUCAGUGACUACUUGGCAGUCAAUUGCCACCCGUACUUCAGUGGCAUUGAGGCACUGACUUCUGGCACCUGGUUAAAGGCUCAGGUGCAAAGUUUGCAGAGUCACUGUGGUAACGGAAAACAGAUCAUGAUCACCGAGAGUGGAUGGCCAACCUACGGAAACACCGUUGGAGACGCUGUUCCGUCACAGGAAAACCAAUUGUUGGCCAUCAAGGGUUUGGCGACAGUUAUGGGUGACCAGGUGAUCAUGUUCACCACAUACAACGAUUACUGGAAGGCCCCAGGCUCUUGGAAUGUGGAGCAACAUUGGGGUAUCUAUGGAGACCCUUCAGCAUAA